AGCCGAUAUGGAUCUUCUGCAUAUAAUCCUCUCAGCCCCCCCCCGCGUCUCGCCUCCAACUGUGCCUCAUUCCCGUCUCCAUAUCCUCUCAGCGGAACCACUGAUAUCCCAUACGGUUUGAAGCCGCCGUCCAUGGUGGCGGUGUUCGUGGUUGCCCCGACCGGAAGACGCAGCAGUCUCAACAUGGACGCGCCGACGACAACCUCGACCUCGGCAGCCUCCCUCCCGCGCGUCACGCCCUCGCUGAAUUGUCGCCAGCCAUUCGAUACGUCCGAUGCCAACGCCAAGAGCAUCUGCAACGAUGUUUACGCGACUUCCCGAACCGAGUGUCCCACGGGCUACACCCUGGCAUGUCUCCGUACGAUCAGCAACAGCGGGUCGUCUUUCACCUCGACGGGCUACGCAUUCCCGGCCAAUUCCAACCUCCCCGUCACGACCAUAAUCGCAACAAACUAUAUCAACGUGUAUUGCUGUCCCGACACGAUCCCCUGGGGCUGCGAAGGAGCCCUCGCUACCAGCUGUGGCUUACUUGCCACGUCUGAUACGGUCUUCGACAUGGGCGCGACGAUGGAAGCGUACUCCGCGACGAGUAUGCAGGUGGUCCGCGGCUACGCCGUCACCCUCUCCCAGGCUGCCGCCACAUCGAGGGAGGUCAUAGAGCGGAACGUCCUGCAAAACUCGAGGAUACUGGAAGUCGUCACACAGACGACCACCGUCGCCGAGGAGUCUACGACGGUAUGGUGCGGCUUGCCCUCCUGCGCGGACUUGGCCAACGACAUCUAUGUCACCAGAGUGAGCUUGCAGACCAAGGCGCCCGAGCCGUUCGUCCUGCUGCCGCCGCCGCACAUGGGGAGGCUCGGCACGCUGGGGUCCGUUGCCGUGUCGGGCUUCAUCGCGGUCAUCGUAUUGGCGGCGUCGCUGCUCAUCUCGUGGGCGAUGCAGUAUCGCAAGCGCACACGACGACAGGUUCAGGUCCGGUAAGGAUUGGGGGAGGGGCGAUCACACAGCCAGUACAGUAUCGGCGGCGGACGGACGGACGGACGAGAGAGCGAGCACAUGAACAGGAGCGAGGCGUGUGUCUAUACGGAACAUUUCAGUAUUUCUUGAUUAAUGGUAUCUUUAACGUAUGGGUAUCUCUCAUGCCGGGGUGUUUUUUGUCUUUUUGAAAAUCAACA